AUGAAAGAUCAAGAAAGGGUGGUACCGAUCGCGAACGUGAGCCGGAUCAUGAAGAAAUCCCUCCCUCCUAACGCCAAGAUCUCAAAGGAAGCGAAAGAAACAGUGCAGGAAUGCGUGUCGGAGUUCAUAAGCUUCGUGACGGGGGAGGCCUCUGAUAAAUGCCAGAGGGAGAAGAGGAAGACCAUCAAUGGCGAUGAUUUGCUGUGGGCCAUGACAACUCUUGGAUUCCAGAACUAUGUUGACCCCCUUAAGGAUUAUCUCACCACUUACAGAGACACUUCUUCUCCUAUUCAUGAUAAGACCAAGAUUGCUACUGCAAACCCUAGUUUUUUGCAGGGUUUUACCAGUGAUGCUGGAGGAGUCGUUAUCGAAUUCGCCACUUCAUCAUGGUGUUGA